AUGGUGAUUUAUUCCAUCCUCCUUGCCGAUUUGAAAAUCGGGCGCUGCUCCAACACCACCGAGGUUCAGUUGCCUUGGUUUUGGGAGGCCAGAAAUGUGAGGAAAGGCGGUGAGCUCAUGAGUCUACACAUGCUCCUCAUCGACAAGAAUGCAGCGUCUCAGCGAAAGGUUAGUCUACAGGUUGAGCGGGUUCGAUGUAACGCGCAGCAACCCCAAUUUCCGGAUGUUGGAUGCCCCUUUCUCCCUUUGUUUCAAUAA